AUGUCUUCAGCCCAGCUCGAGUACCUGAACCAAGAUGUUUGGAAGGAUGGCAUCUUUGGUAGUCUUUUGCACAGGCGGUUCUGGGUCCAUUUGCAGCGCCCAAGUCCGUGCUCUGGUCCACCUCGGCGCCAACGCGUGUAUCAUAGGGCGCAAUGUCGAAAAGACGCGCAGGAUGGCAGCAAAUAUCGCGACGACCCGUCUGGGUGCCGAGGUGAUGGUAUCGCUCCAGUCGAUGUGCGCGACUUCAAAGACCUGCAAGCUGCAACGGGGGCAGUGCGCCAGAGAUCUCGGCGGCAUCGACUUUGUAACAGUCAGCUGCCAAGUGCAGCAAAGGACUACUCAAUCUUCGAGGUGAAUCUCAUCGAUACCAAGCCUGUGCCUCAGAGCCAGAAUCAAAGUUCACCUACCACUGAGUCCCUCACGCUGCAGAUAUCUGUUGAUGGCUCAAAGGUGGUUGCGCACUGCGUCACCCCUAGCCCUGACCCAGGCUCGCUGGACCAUGCUCAGACUAUCUACUGUCACUUCUCUCAUCUGGGAACCUGGAAGAGCUGCCGCGCGGCUGUUGAGGUCAAAAGUGACGCCCAGAAGGACAUGGUGGCGCCUAUGCCAUGCAAAGUGCUUUCUGUGCAGAAGGACAGAGGCGACAAGGUCGAGGUCGGAGAUGUCGUCAUGGUUGUCGAGAGCAUGAAGAUGGAAGUGAGCUUGAAGGCGAGCGGAGCUGGACAGUUCCAAACACAGUGGAAAGCAGGAGAUGCGGUGAAUGAAGGACAGGUUUUAUAUCAAGUUGUCUAG